AAUAAAAAUAUUGUUCUGAUUGUUCUUACUAUUAUAUUUUUCCAAUGAUUUAAAGGAUUUCAAAGUAAAACAAUUUCAGGUGUUUUUCAUUGAACGUUUUUUUAAUGAUUUUUUUAUAUGUGUGUUAUCUGACCAUGUAUUGCCAGAUUUAUGUUUAAACGGCACGUGGCCGCAAAAGUUUGAGAACCACCGGUUUUAUUCUAUAAUUUCUGUUGUAGCAAUUCACCUUUCGGCACUCCUCCUCUCGCCAAUUAAUCCCAUUCCUCCGACCUGCAGCUGAACUAACCCUGUCUCGAAUGAGGGUCCAGUGGGACUGUAGCACUGACUGCACACACACCUCCAGGUUAAACACCGCCACAUCAUGAUAGGCUUACAGAGAAAAUCUGACCUGAGCAGACUAUUCUGCUGCUUUCAGACCAAAAUGAUAUCGUUGUGUGUUAAUACCGAACAUCAGAUGGAUGAGUAAAAUUGACUCUGGAUUAUACCGUCAUGAGAAUAUGAUGACUUUUCGAAAUCCUUCCUCUCAUAAACACUUGACCGGUUACAUGCGCGCGAGGAACCGGAGGGAGAACUGGCUCGCGGUGGUUCUGCUUCGAGUCUCGCGCCGGGAUUUGAGCUUCUGUCUCACCGCUCUCCUCAUAUUCUGUCUGGGGUCUGUGUUAUAUCAGUUCAACGGAGGAGCACCAAAACUCCUGCUGGAUGUGGGAUAUUAUAUAGGGAGAUUUUCUGGUGGCCAUGGACCUUUAGCACCCAGAGCUUUACCUUUCCCAAGUCAGGUUGUGUAUAACAGGGUUGGUAAGUGUGGAAGUCGCACUAUAGUUUUGUUGCUGCGCAUGUUGGCGGACAGACAUCAGUUCACUCUUGUCUCCUCUGAUAUUCACAACAAGACCAGACUCACCAAACGUGAACAGGAAAAUCUCAUUAGAAACAUCAGCACAACUCCUCAGCCAUUUCUUUACACCCGACAUGUGCAUUUUCUCAACUUUAGCAGGUUUCGAACGGAUGAGCCCGCACACAUCAAUAUCAUCAGAGAUCCAAUCAACCGAUUUUUAUCCAAUUAUUUUUUCCGGCGGUUCGGCGACUGGAGAGGGGAAGAGAAUCACGUCGUACGAACCCCUGCGAUGAAAGACGACGAAAGAUACUUAGACAUCAGCACAUGCAUCUUGGAAAGCUACCCAGAAUGCUCCAAUCGGCUCUUCUACAUUAUCCCAUAUUUCUGUGGGCAGCAUCCUCAGUGCAGAGAGCCGGGUUUGUGGGCGCUGGAAAAGGCCAAGCAGAACGUUCUGGAUCAUUACCUGCUGGUAGGGGUGUUGGAGGAACUUCAGGAUGUGUUGCUUCUGCUGGAGAGACUCCUUCCACACUUCUUCUCUGACGUCUUGAACAUCUACGAAAGUCCAGAAUACAGGAAGCUGGGGAACAUGACGGGCACCGUCCACAAACAGACUCCUAAUCUCGAGGCCCUGCAGGUGCUUUAUCAGCGCAUGGAGUACGAGUACAAAUUCUACAACUUUGUCAAAGCAGAGUUCCACCUCACCAAGAGGAAGAUCGGUCUGAGAACAGGCCCACAACCCUCCAGACAUUAUUCAAGUGUGCUUCAGGAAACAGAAGACUCACUCGACUGGACCGAACAGACCUGA